UUCAUUUUGCUCAAUCAAAUCCUCUCCAGUUGAUCAUCAGGUGUUCUCGAGUCAGAGAGCUAACCCAGUAGUCUGUUAGUGAUACUGCGAACUAACCUCUGGUAUCAUCAGGUGUAGCUAUGCGCAGCCUACAGCUAGGCAGUAUCAUGGCAUACCUACUACUGUAUCUGGCUCCAUUGCUGCUGCUGGUGAUGACGGUGAACUGUGGACAGGCUAUGGCCUCACCAACACCAGUGGUGCCGGAUGAUGCCGAUACACCAGCUGCGAUGGUCACUGAGGAUAUCAAUUGCAUGACUGAAUGGCUACUUAUUGCGAACUCCAGUCGUGGAAGAGCUCUCACCAUUCCCAACACACCAGCUGCCAUUCAUGCAAUGUUAGAUGAGAAGGUUGUCAAGCACCAAGAGCAAUUCUUCUUAAGUCUCAUCUUGGGUUACGCCCCCCAGCUUGCAGCAGACCUCAAACACUGCAUUCGUCGAAGGCCGUCAUGCCCCACAGCAGACUUAACCAGGCGUCUACCUUGCUCCGUUGCUGGAGAAUGUGUGUUCAACGCCACACAACAGUCCGCUGUUUGUGUUUGUCAACCAGGAAUGACUGGAAAGAGGUGUGAUGUAGAUAUUGAUGAAUGUAGUCGGCCAAAUCUGAACUACUGUGACCAACCAGCUGUUGCAACAUGCUAUAACAGUCCUGGAUCAUUUGGGUGUGAGUGCAAUACAGGAUUUGAUGGAAACGGACGAGUGUGUAGGGAUCUCGAUGAAUGUACAACUGGUGUACAUCAGUGUAAUGAACAUGCAAUGUGUAAUAACACUGUUGGAUCAUACUCUUGUUACUGUCAAUCUGGGUACAAGGGAGAUGGUACUAACUGCCAAGUUGAUCUGUGCGGAUCAUCUGCAAACAGCGAGCUAUGCUACCAAAUCGAAGCGGUUAAAACCUACAACAAGCAGCUGGAAGAGAAACUGGAAGCAAGGGAUCUCCAAAUCAAUAAACUACUCUCCGACAUGAAAGUACUGACAACCAUAUUUGUCCAGCAGAAGACGAAGGUGGACCAAAUGGAAAUUCAGAACAAGGUUAAACUCCUAUCCAUUAAGGAGGAGAUGACAUCAUUGAACUUUUCUCAGCAAGCACAGGAGAAGAAGACCACACAAAACUUCAGGGCCAUCCAGCAACAUUCUGCUAAGCACUUUGAAUCAAUCAAUGCCACUUUGCAGGAAGAAGGGCAAAGGAACAAGGUUAAACUCCUAUCCAUUAAGGAGGACAUAACGUCAUUGAACUUAUCUCAGCAAGCACAGGAGAAGAAGACCACACAAAACUUCAGGGCCAUCCAGCAACAUUCUGCUAAGCACUUUGAAUCAAUCAAUGCCACUUUGCAGGAAGAAGGGCAAAGGAACAAGGUUAAACUCCUAUCCAUUAAGGAGGACAUGAGGUCAUUGAACUUAUCUCAGCAAGCACAGGAGAAGAAGACCAAGCAACACUUCCGGGCCAUCCAGCAACAUUCUGCUAAGCAGUUUGAAUCAAUCAACACCACUCUGCAGGAGGAAGGACAAAGGACCAAGCAACACCUCAGGAACAUGCAGCUACAUUCUGCUCAACAGUUUGCUGCAAUCAAUGUCACUUUGACGGAGGAAGGACAGAAGACGAAGCAACAUUUCAAGUCAAUGAAGCAACAUUCUGUUGAGCAGCUUGCAUCGAUCAAUGCUACUCUGCAGGAGGAAAGAAAGAAGUGCGGUAUUGUAUCAUGGAAGACAUUUACAAUGGAGAUAUCUACUAGUGGCUUUCGAUACUGGUUCAGUGGAGUCGUGUUCAACAAGACUAGACCUGACACUGUUAUCAGAGUGGUGUACACAACCUCUAUUGGAUUUAAGCAUGGGACCCAUGACUGGCAUUGUGUGAAGGUGUCAGUGCGUAUCAACGGCAGUGACUGUUCAGACCCAGCCCCGAUCAGAAGUGGAAGCUCUAGUAAUUCACACCACCAUCACAUCUAUGCUGGUGUUGUGAGUGGUAUAUGUCAUAUCAACAUUUCAGGUCCGCUGUCCUUCUCUACACACAUAGAUGCACAAUGCACUACAUCCAACGCUUACCUGGGUUACUACCCUGGUGCAGGUACCCUCACAUCCACUCUGCAUAUCGAAGAACUUUGCAAUAAUCAACAGAACUAGAAGUUUGCCUCUCCAUACCCCCCCCCCCCAACUUAUCUCUCCCUCUUACCAUCUUUGUAUCAAUCUAGUUGGUACUUGUGUUUGGUAGUCGCCCUGGGGCUGACACUUGCAGUUAGAACACUCAACCUUUUAAAGGUGUACUGAAGAAGCUACUUUAACAGGCAGAUAUGAGCACACAAGUACAGAAAGGUCUACUUGCACUUGUACUACCGGUACUACAGUAUACUUCUUGUCAUUUCUUUUUAACACUCAACUUGUUUCCUGUUUCUUCUACAGCUUACUCCUUCGUUUGAACUUUCUUUCUAUCCAUCCACUCUAUCCUCCCCCGCCGUUUAGGAGCUGCAUUUGACGCAUGAUCAUGGGGUGGUGGCGUCCCACGGAAGCGGAAAGGUAGUUCUUGACCAGGGAGUUGUACGACUCCUUGUUCUUGACCUGCCCGGUACGCGAACCCGUCGAUUUUUUUAUUGUAUCCACCCACUCUAUCCUAUACAUCCUAACCAGCCUCCCCUUGCCAAGUUGGAUCUUUACUGAAACUUCACCUGUGCAUUCUAUUAUCUUUCCCGUACCAACACCGCACAGCACGAGUACAUGUACUUGUAUGUAUUUUUGUAUCUAUGUUCCUCUACGUCUCAACAAUACCCGCAAUCAGUUUCAAAUGCAUCUACAUGUACAUGUAUGCUGCCAGUGUAAAAUACUGUAUUUCGUAAUGAAUACAAUGAACUCUAUGCCUUUCUAUUUCGGCUAUCAUACAAUUGUUCUUUAGUCACUGUAGAAACGUGUUUAGUCCUUCACUACCCCAUUUCAAAUAGAAUCUCUUCCAAAUAUGCACCCAUGAGGGCGUCAUUAGCUGUUUUACGUUUCUCUGUCCUAAUCUUCAUGUAAUUUUCAGUUUCCAGAAGAACUGUUCACAAAGUAAGA